AUGGCAGAAUACAAAGAUAUCGUUGGUGAACUUCGUAAUUCCAUUACGGAUAUGUCCAAAAAUGUUGCAAUGCUAAAGUCAUUGUAUGAAACUGGUGCUGAAGAAUUCAAAAGCAUAUGGGAUCCAUUUAGCAAUCUAGUGGAUGAUAUGGCUAAUCUGAAAAGAUGCAUCAUCUUAACUAACAAUGAAAGUCAAGACUAUGAUCCAGAGAAUCCAUUAGAAGAAGAAGAAGAAGAUGAUAUGGAAGAACUUAAGAAAAUAAACAACUUUACCACUUCCAAUACCUCUGAUGCUUCUGGAACUCCUGAUACUACUGUCGCUGAUAAAGGUAGGCCUCUUAGACCUGAAACACCUAGAGCCAUUGUACCUAAAUCUCUCAACAUCAAUGACUAUCUUGAUUCUCCUAGGAUGCUUGAACAUACCAGGUCUGAAAUACCUGAAGCUUCUGGUGAUUAUUUUGCAUAUGAAUCUUCAUGCGAAUAUAAUGAUGCAUAUGCCUACAACGAUUCAAGUGAUGAGGAAGUUUAUGUUUCCAAAAGAAAGGCCAUUGACAAGCCUUAUAGAGCUUACAUAAACACAGAAUGUACCAUUCCUGAAGAGGUUGAAACUCCUAUAAUAUCUGAUGAUAUAAAAGAACCUAAGGCAAAAAAGUCUAAGGCAAAAAAGUCUAAGGCAAAGGAACCUAAAGCAAAGGACCCUAAAGCAAAAGAGCCUGAGGCAAAAGAACCUAAAGCAAAAGAACCUGAGGUAAAAGAGCCUGAUGCAAAAGAAUCUAAGACAAAUGAGCCUGAGCCAAAGGAGUUAAAGAAAUUCAAAAAGUUAGGACAUCUUAAAGAUUCUGGUAUGUCAGACAAUUUGAAUGUAUCAGAUGAUUCAAAGAUGACAGAUAAAUCAAUGUACUCAGUAAAGUCAUUGAUGAAAACAUCGCCACAAUCACGGGCAGAAAUGGUCAAGUCAGCUGCACCACCAGUGCCCCCACCAAGAAAAUCUGUCAGGAAUAAGUCAGUGAUAACAAAAACUCCCACUGAAUCAACCUCAGAUCCAGAGGAAGAUAAUCUAGAUACAGAAAAGUCAGUCAAAGUGACUAAAUCUACUGAUCCAAAUGUAGCUACUUAUGAGGAUACAGAUAUGGAUGAUAUAAGCAAACAGCUACCAGAUAAGCUAGAUAUAUCCGUGGUCACAACAACUGAUCCGAAACCACCCAAGCUAGCUAAGCAUGAGGAUACAGAACUAGAUAAGACUGAGAAAGUGGAAAGUGUUGAUACUGCUAACACUACAAACAAGGUGACUAAAUCACCUAAGGUACACAAGGUUCCUAAAUUAAUCAGGUCAAACAGCACUGAUAAAUCACCUCCGCCUAUUCCACCUAGGUCAUCUAAGCCACGUAUUCCGUGCAAAUCAAUGAAACCAGCUACUCCAACUAAGUCAGCUAAAUGA